CACUGAGACGAUUGAAGUGGCAUUCUAAGGUCAUUUAAAAUCAUGACAAGCUCAGUUGGACAGAAAAAAGUCUCUUCAAGACAAAAGAAGUGUGGGUUUUGUAGAUCUAAUAAAGAUAAUGAAUGUGGGCAGUUACUAAUGUCAGAAAACCAGAAGGUGGCAGCGCAUCACAAGUGCAUGCUGUUCUCAUCUGCACUGGUAUCUUCACACACUGAUAAUGAGAGUCUUGGUGGAUUCUCUAUUGAAGAUAUUCAAAAAGAAAUAAAGAGAGGCACUAAACUGAUGUGCUCUUUAUGCCAUUGUCCUGGAGCAACCAUUGGCUGUGAUGUGAAAACAUGUCACAAGACAUAUCACUACUACUGUGCUUUGCAUGAUAAGGCUCAGAUAAGAGAGAAACCCUCACAGGGCAUUUACAUGAUUUUAUGUCGAAAACACAAGAAAACUACGCAUAACUCUGAAGAUUUAGAAGAAAGUAUCAAUGAACACGAGUUGGAGCCUUCACCUCCCAAAGGCAAAAGGAGGGGUCGUAAGGGAAAGCCAAGAAAAACAAAUUUAAAAGGGCAAUCAGAAGACACUAGAUCCACGUCCUCACAUGGCACAGAUGAAAUAGAAAGCAGUUCCUAUAGAGACAGGUCUCCCCACAGAAGCAGCCCCAGUGAUACAAAACCUAAAUGUGGAUUCUGUCAUGCAGGUGAAGAAGAAAAUGAAGCUAGAGGAAAGCUUCAUAUAUUUAAUGCCAAAAAGGCUGCAGCACACUAUAAGUGCAUGUUGUUCUCUUCUGGCACUGUCCAGCUAACAACAACUUCAAGGGCAGAGUUUGGUGAUUUUGAUAUCAAAACUGUACUUCAGGAAAUCAAGAGAGGAAAAAGAAUGAAAUGUACGCUCUGCAGCCAGCCUGGUGCUACUAUUGGGUGUGAAAUUAAAGCCUGCAUAAAAACGUACCAUUACCACUGUGGAGUAGAAGACAAAGCUAAAUACAUUGAGAAUAUGUCACGAGGAAUUUAUAAACUGUAUUGUAAAAACCAUAGUGGAAAUGAUGAAAGGGAUGAAGAGGAUGAAGAAAGAGAAAGCAAAAGCCGUGGCAAAUCAGGCACUGACCAUAACGACAUUCCUCAGCAGCAGCUCAAUGGAAACUAGGUUCAAGGGACAGAGUUAUAGAACUGGGAAUGGCUAAGACACCAUAACUACUAAUUCUUUUAAAUUGUUUUCUAAAAUCAGAAAGGGUUAGUAACUUUGUACUACCCAACUCUGUUAGAAAUUUCAUUGAACUGCCUGAAACGUUCAUGUGUGUGAGCCUUCAGUAAGUGGCAGAGUUUUACAUGUCAAUAUUAUGUAGUUUGUAGUCUGCAGUGUCUGGAAAAAAAUGAAACACUAUAUAAAUGAUAUGUAAUAUGUACAGUGUCAAAAGUUAAGGCAGACAUUGAAAUGAAGUAAGAUCUAUAUUUCUGGACUGAAUAAAAACCUUAAGAUUUGGAAUGUGUAAGUUGUUUAGUGGAUUCCUGCAAUGAGGGAAGGUCUUAGCUAGUUUAGUUAACAACACGGACAAGCUCGCGGUGGCAGCAAGCUGGUACUUUGUGAAUUUUGCAUUUUCUUCAUACACAAGUUAUGGAGGCUAUACAUGGGAAAGCCGCUCUCUGUUUUUGCUUGCAAAGCACACAGUAGAAAAGGACUCAGUGUACACCGAAGCACGCUUGAACAUUUCAGGUCGUUCCUGUUGUGAUUGCUCAUUCCGCCCAGCAUUGUUUGCGGGAGAUUUACUUGAGCAGCUGUUGGUUCUGAGCUGUGAGCUUUAGAACUCAUGCCAAAGGGCUGUAGUUCAUUCUUCCCCCAAGGACCCGCCUCUUUCCGUGUCCCUGAUUUACAAAGAACGCUUCACGAAGUGUGAUUAAAACCUCACCAUACAAACAUUUGGACUCCGCAGCCCAAUCUCUUACUUCAGAGAGUUACAACUCUUAACUCACGAUGGAAUUUAGCCACCAUACCUGACAUCCAUACCUCAGGUGUUCUCUGCUGUGUGGAACACUUCAUGUUUUGUCCAGAAUAUGCAUAAAGGUCUCAUAUUCUGUAAGAAGAAUGAGGAAACAACCUUUUUUUUUUCCUA